UCUUUCUAUACAGCUUGUAUAAAAUCUUAGUAAAUGUCAGGUAGCCACGUAAACUCUCGGUGUGAGUCGAUUAGUUUGCGUUUAUAAGCAGUUUGUGUGUCUUUUUCUAAGUUAGCUUGUUAGCAUUAGCAGUGUGACUGAGCUGAGAGAUGCAGGAGGAAUCAGAUGUGAAGUGUGAUGGUGGGAUCGAACCCUGCAUGAACCGACACAAACCUGCUUCAGAUAACACUCAGGAUGUUUCACAUUUGCUGGCGAGUAUGUUUAAAGACCUGUAUACAACAGAAGUCAUCGGAAAAGACACAGUGGCCAGUCUCACCAAAUCAUGCAGAGGAGGAAACGACCAUCAUGCUAAAUAUGUGGAGGAACUUCAACAGGUUCAUUCGGAGUACAAGAGACGGAUUGAAAAUGCUAACAUGUUAGAGAGGCACAUUAUUCAAGCCCGUAUGAAGGCCAGCGCUGCAGAUGAGCGGGCACAGGCUCAUAUCCUAGAGGAGUUUGGAGAGUCUUACCAUCAGCUUGGUCUACCUCCAGUGAAGUCAGCGUUUAUGUGGUGUGUGGACAACGGACUUCUCAGGAGUCACAACCUCAUCUGCCCUCAGGUUUACAGACCAGAGCAAAUUCCACUUACUAAAGCGCCACAAGGCAAAUCUAUGCCUGGUUUUGCCCAGCCAACAGUUUCCUACAACCAGCACAUAUCUACAGAGUUGAAGGACGAUGGGUACACUCUGAUUUCUCAGCCUGAGCUUACAGUGCAGAGUCUACUAGAGGAAUCAGAGGGGACGCUUACUUUAUCUUCAUCAAAUGAUACCUUCUCUGUUAGGAGUGCUUCCUCACAGAAGGGAUGCCAGGUUCGUAAACCUUUGUGUACGGAGAAGCUGAAUCCAGAGGACAGGGCUGCACUGGAGAAGUUUAAGGGACGCCAGAACUUCCUGCGCAACCCUCACUUUCAGUCCCUCAGUCACCAACGUGGGGGCAAAUCUCUCAUCAUUUCAGAGGAGAAGGUGGAGAGAGCAAAGAAGGACAGGAAAGAAAGCACCAGUCCUGAUGCACCAAUGCCAGUUUUCAUUGCCAAUCCACCCGUGGUCCUGUUCACUGAGUACCAAAUUGGACACGUCUAUGAGUCCACAGUGGAGCUCAGGAACGUGACCGCAGCAAGCCGUCAUGUACGUGUGAUCCCCCCGAACACCCCUCACUUCUCAGUUGGUCUGGGCAGGUUCCCUGGUGAGGGUGGCAUUGUGGCUCCUGGCAUGAGUUGCCAGUACACAGUACGGUUUGCCCCCGAGUCCCUGGCAGAUUAUGAAGACUUUCUAGUGGUAGAGACACAAUCAUCAUAUCCUCUCAUCAUACCAGUGGAGGCCCACAGACCCCCACCAGUACUCACAUUACCCGCUGUUCUGGAUUUUGGCUACUGUCUGGUUGGAGGGGUGAAGUUCAUGGACGUGGUGUGUCGUAACGAUGGGCUGAGUGCCGGAAUGUUCUGCAUCAUGCCCAAGAGACAGUGGCCUGCGUCCAGCCUCCGGUCUGUAGUGAAGACCAGUUUUGCAGAGGAACAUCCAUUUGCAAUCAGUCCGUCUCUGUUCUCCCUGCUUCCCGGCCAGUCUUUAAUCAUUGAAGUUGUUUUCUUCCCCACUGCUGCUGAGAUCUAUAAUCAGAGCUUCACCAUCAUCUGUGACAACUGCCAGGUCAAGGAUUUUACCAUCCAAGGCAAGGGGCAGCUUGUCAUGCUGGAGCUGGUGGCAUUAGAGGAUGGUGAGAAUCUGCCUGUUCUUGGGGAAGUACGCGACCUGACUGCUGAUCAUUUUGUGCGAUUUGAACCAACCAACCCGCAUUCCAUACAACACAGGAAAAUGGUCAUCAAGAACAAUACACAUCUGGAGCUGCCGUUCCACUGGCAGAUUGUGAAGCCCAACCUGCAGUGUCUGCCGCCUGAAGAGACUCCAGACCCAUCCUGCAUCCAUCAUCACGUUGACACUGACGACACCUUCACCGUCAGUCCUGCUGUCGGCCUACUGGCUCCUACACAGGAGCAUGUGUUCCUGCUUACAUACCAUCCACAGGAAUUAAAAGACUAUCAUAGUGUAUGUCAUCUGGUCAUAAGGGACGUCCCAGAUCUGCAGAAAAUGACUGAAAGUUGUCAGCAGGACUUGCUACCCCAGGUCGGAGACGUGAUUGUGAUGGAGAUUGAGGUAAAAGGAACAACAGAACCGUAUAAGAUCUUACUGGAGCCGUAUGCCCUCUUCAUUCCAGGAGAGACCUACAUACACACCACCAUCCGCAAGAGCUUCAGGAUGUGGAAUCACAGCAGGUCAGCAGUUCGUUUUCAGUGGGAGCGCAUCAAUGACAUUAUUGAGGUGGAGCCUUCAUCAGGGGAAAUAGAAACCAAUGAAUGUUUUGACGUGGAUCUGAUGUUGACUGGAAGUCAACCAGGCCACUUAACCACGACCCUUCAAUGUCACGUUCAGCACCGCUCACACCCUGUAGGUCUCGCCAUUGAUGCCACAUUUAAGGGACCGAACCUGAGUGUCAAUGUACCCAGUUUGGACUUGGGGCUGUUGGAGCUGGGUCAAGAGGUCUGUUCCAGCCUGCAGAUUAUCAACAGCAGCCCUUUAGAGGCUUGCUGGAUUUUGAAAGAGCUGCCCAGUGACCCUGCAAUAAAUCAGGUAAGGGUAGAGCCGAGUCAGGGUGUUUUGCCUCCUGGAGCUUCCUGCAGCGUGAAGGUGAUCUUCAGAGCUGUGAGCUGUCAGAGCUUUGAGUCUGUGCUACAGCUCACCGUGCCAAAUGGCACCGGAUGUCUUCUGCCUGUGAGAGCAGAGGUACAGUCUCCUCAGGUGUGUUUGCUGAGCUGCCGGAUGGAACUGGAUGAUCUGUAUGUAGGAGUCGCUCAGACUGGCAAAACGGUUCUGUUAAACCAGACUCUACUGCCAGCACACUUCACAUGGAGGAAGAUCCAAGGUCCCCAGUCUCAUCUCUGCUCUGCCAGUUUCAGUCCUUCAUCUGGUACUCUGGGUCCCAAUGCACAGAUGGAAAUCAGUGUUUCCUUCACUGCACACACCGAUGAGGAACUGACUGAAGUAGCUGCAGUGUGUCAGGUGGAAGGAGUGGAGAAACCUCUUGUACUGGGCUUCCACUGCAAAGCAAAAAGCCUCAGCGUGUCCUACUCUUUGCCUCAGAACAACACAGAACGUGCUACAGUAGAUGAUGUCAAUGAGCAGCCAACUAUUCUGGACUUUACUGAAUAUGAGCCAGUUCUUAUUGGAAUAUCAACAAUCAGACAGCUGCUCAUAACUAAUCACACCGCAAUUCCAGCCCCCUUUACCAUGGAGGUGAAGGUAUUUACUGGACACCGUCUUUUACAAUCUUCCAGAAAGACUCAAUCCAGGGGUGAUUAUGUGAGGACACCAGUUCAUGAAAUGCAAGCCAAAAAGAUGAAGGAGAAGGAAUAUGAAGAUUUCGUUCGUGGUCUUCUUGCUCAUGGAAAGGGAGCAGCAUUUUUCGUCGAACCUCAGAAUGGGACGCUUGGGCCAUUUGAAACGGCAACUAUUACCAUAACUGCUUUUAACAACAUGUGGGGCGACUAUCAAGACCACCUCAUCUGUAUGGUUGGUGAUUUGGAUCCUGAGCUCAUUUUAAUGAGAUUAUCUGUAAGAGGCUGCCCUGUAUACUUCCAGAUGACUGGACCACAGCCUGAUAAUCAGAACCAAGGACCAGUCAUACGGUUUGGAACUCAUGUUUCGGGAGGGGAUACAGUCUCACGAUCACUUCGUUUGAAUAACACCAGUCCUUGUGACAUCCGUAUGGACUGGCUGACCUACAACAAGGAGAGUGAGGACAGCAAGUUAAUAGAUUUGAUGGUGGCAUACGGUGACCCAUUUCCUCUGAAGGACACUGAUGGUAACGAGAUCGUCGGCGGUCUAGACCGCACUGCGUUCUCUUCUACGUGGGAUCAAAGCCAAACUCCCAGCUCAGAUGGAAGCAGCUCCUCACUGACAACCAAAUCAGAUUGUGAUGAAGAACAGUUUGAUGAUGAGGAGGAGAGAGGAAGUCAAGUUCCUUUGUCUCCAGCAAGGAAACUGUGUACUGUUUUUAUCCAGCCCCAUGAGGGACAUACAUCAGAUUACCCAUACUGCAUCACUCCACAGCAGAUAGUGAUUCCAGCAGGGGGUUUCAGCACCAUCAGUGUUUCUUUCACCCCUCUUACACUGUCUGAUCCAGCCAGCAGCUACUCCUGUGUGGGUUACGCUCUAGGCUACAUGUCACUGGACUCAAAGGUGCCUACAGACCUUCAGGGUAACGUGUGGAGAGCUCAGGGUUAUGAGCUGGAACCUCUGAGACUGGACCUUCUGGCGCAUGUUAAACCAGCAACUCUUACAGUUCAGCUGGACGAGGAUGAAGAUAUUCUGGAGUUUCAGACUAAUGCCAGUGACUUAAUUGAUAACCACACACUCAAGCAGGAGUCGCUCACAGUGCGGACGCUGCAGCUGAUCAACAACACUGAUGUUCCCCUGAGUUUCACACUGAACACACAGCAGCCGUUUUCGGUACUACAGGACACACGCAAAAUCGCUAGCUCUGAAUCGCCGUCGCAUGUAGCCAGCCGGCCACGACCGGUAAAGAGCAAAAACACACUGCUGCUGCAGCCCAAACGCAACUUACAGGUGAAGGUGGCCUUUCACCUUUCAGCCUCCCUGUUGACGUGUCAGAACCAGCCGGGUGAGGAAAGCCCACCCAGCACGAUUCUCAUAUGCAGCGAGAAAGGAGAGAGGCGACUCCGAUUUGAGCAGAGUCUCAGCAUUCAGUACAGUAACGGCUCUGUACAGACUGUACCCUUAUGUGCCCACCUGGCACUAUCCACCCUGCAACUCUCCUGUAACACUUUAGAUUUUGGAACCUGCUAUGUAGGUCAGACCAGAGUCCAAGAAGUGCACCUCUCCAACUGUGGGGGGUCGAGCAGUUUCUGGACAGCAAUUAUUGAUGCUGAGGAGGACAGCAAUGUGUUUGGAGUCACUCCGGAGUGUGGGCUUCUAAAACCAGCGGAGUAUCCUGUCUACUCCUGUAAACAAACUCUAGAGAUCAGCUUCACACCACGUGACCAGAGGUCGUUCCACGCCAUGAUCACCAUUCAGGGAAUUCUGGGAGAGCCCUGCCUUACAGUGAGGCUUCAGGGCACAGGAUCCUUAGAUGAGAGAUAUUCAACCCAAUAACUAAAAGAAACACAGUUUGUAAUUGUAUUGUAUUGUUUUUUAUUCUUAUUUAUUUGCAAAAAGCUGUUUAUCCAUCAUAUAAAGACCAGAGACUGAUUA